AUGACUGAAACCGUUCGCCCGGCAUUCUCUGGCCGCGAGCGCCCGCUACUCUCAUAUGGCAUCGCCUUCCCCGCCGCCGCCGCCCGACAUGUCACUGAGACCUUCCACGCUUCACGCGUAUAUGUGAUCUGCUCAGGCUCAUUGGCUCGGAAUACCGACUCUCUUGGCCGCUUGAAUGCUGCACUGGGACCGGACAGGGUCGUCGGGUGUCGUGUCGGAAUGCAGAGCCACACGCUCUGGUCCGAAGUCCUCGAGAUCGUCGAGGAGGCGCGAAAUGCAAAGGCUGAUCUAAUCCUCACACUGGGAGCGGGUAGCUUGACUGAUGGAGCAAAAAUUGUUGCUUUGGCCCUCGCCAAUGAUGUUCGCAAGCCAGAUGAACUCGAAACGCUCGCAGAAGGUCCGGAUAAGAGAGAAAAUAUCCAGAAGCCUACCGUACCCAUUAUUUCUGUGCCAACUUCUCUUUCCGCGGGAGAGUAUUCCAACUUCGCCGGUGGGACUGAAGAUGUAUCACGCCGGAAGUAUAGCUUUCAACCACCUACCCGUGGACCACAAUUGAUUAUUUUGGACCCCGAGCUAGCGGCGAAAACUCCCGACUCCAUCUGGAUCAGUACGGGCGUACGCGCUGUGGACCAUUGUGUGGAGACGCUCUGUGCCAUCGUUGGGACGACAUCUGCGUCGGACGAGCUGGCAGAACGCGCACUCGGCAUGCUGGUCCCCGGACUCCUUCGCUGUCACAAGGACCGUGCAGACCGUAAUGCUCAUCUUCAGUGCCAAUUGGGAUCAGUGGAUGCGAUGGCGGCUUGUACGAGUGGAUCAGUGGAAUUGGGAGCUAGCCACGGAAUUGGACAUCAGCUCGGCCCUCUCGGAGUUGGUCACGGUGAAACAAGCUGUAUUCUUCUCCCGGCUGUGUGUAAAUUCAAUGCAAAGCACAAUGCCAACCGGGAUCGACAAGCGCGAGUUCGCGAGUUCCUCCUUAACGACCCCAUCGUAUCGGAGGUUCUACAUAGCCGGUCGGUUGAUACUGAGACGGCCGAUCUUGGCGAUAUCCUCGAUGCAGUGAUCCGUGAGCUUGGUAUGCCGCGGUCCCUUGCUGAUGUGGGUGUUGGCCGGGAUAAGCUGGAUGCACUGGCAGCGCAUAGUCUACACGACCGAUGGUGCCAGUCAAAUCCAGUACCAUUAAAGGAGAAGGAACAGGUACUGGAGAUUCUGGAGAUGGUGGUUUGA